GGAGCGGCCCCGCAGCACGCUCUGCGUGGAGCGGAUGUCCGGGCCGGCUGGGCCGGGGCCGGGGACGAGAUGGCGGAAGGCGGAGGCUGCCGAGAGCGGCCCGAUGCCGAGACCCAGAAGUCCGAGCUGGGGGCCUUGAUGCAGACCACGCUGCAGCGGGGAGCGCAGUGGUAUCUUAUUGACAGUCGGUGGUUCAAGCAGUGGAAGAAAUACGUGGGCUUUGACAGCUGGGAUAUGUACAACGUGGGAGAACACAACCUAUUUCCUGGCCCCAUAGACAACUCCGGGCUCUUUUCAGAUCCAGAGAGUCAGACCUUGAAAGAACAUCUAAUCGAUGAAUUGGAUUAUGUAUUGGUCCCAACUGAGGCCUGGAAUAAGUUAUUAAAUUGGUAUGGCUGCGUAGAAGGACAGCAGCCCAUCGUGAGAAAAGUUGUGGAGCAUGGCCUGUUUGUCAAACACUGCAAAGUGGAAGUGUACUUGCUCGAACUGAAGCUCUGUGAGAAUAGCGACCCCACCAAUCUUCUGAGUUGCCAUUUCAGCAAAGCUGAUACUCUUGCAACCAUUGAGAAGGAGAUGCGGAAGCUGUUCAAUAUUCCUGCAGAGCGUGAGACACGACUGUGGAACAAGUACAUGAGCAACACCUACGAGCCGUUGAGCAAGUUAGACAACACUGUUCAGGAUGCGGGGCUUUACCAGGGCCAGGUGCUAGUCAUCGAGCUUCAGAAUGAAGAUGGCACAUGGCCGAGGCAGACCAUGCAGCCAAAAUCAAGCCCUGCACCUAGCAGAAAUUUCACUACCUCUCCAAAACCGUCUGCGAGUCCCUAUUCCUCAGUGUCUGCCUCUCCCAUUGCCAAUGGCGACAGCACUAACACCUCUGGGAUGCACAGUUCCGGUGUCAGCAGGGGCUUCUCCGCUUCAUAUAGUUGCCAGGAGCCCCAGUCGUCUCAAGUACAGCCUGGGAUCUGUGGACUUGGAAACCUGGGAAACACCUGCUUCAUGAACUCUGCUUUGCAGUGCUUGAGCAACACAGCGCCACUGACUGAUUACUUUCUCAAGGACGAGUAUGAAGCCGAAAUCAACAGAGACAACCCGUUGGGCAUGAAAGGGGAAAUUGCAGAGGCUUAUGCAGAGCUUAUUAAGCAGAUGUGGUCUGGAAGGGAUUCUCACGUGAUCCCGAGAAUGUUCAAAACACAAGUGGGACGUUUUGCACCUCAGUUUUCUGGCUAUCAGCAACAAGACUCUCAGGAGCUGUUAGCCUUUCUUCUGGAUGGCUUGCAUGAAGAUCUAAACCGAGUGAAGAAGAAACCCUACCUAGAACUGAAGGAUGCCAACGGGCGGCCAGAUGCGGUGGUAGCAAAGGAAGCCUGGGAGAACCACAGAUUGAGGAAUGACUCUGUGAUUGUGGACACCUUCCAUGGCCUCUUCAAAUCUACUCUGGUUUGCCCAGAAUGUUCGAAGGUGUCAGUGACCUUUGACCCUUUUUGCUAUCUAACUCUCCCAUUGCCCUUGAAGAAAGAUCGAGUUAUAGAGGUCUUCCUGGUUACUGCUGAUCCUCGCUGCAGACCUACUCAGUACCGCCUGGUGGUGCCGCUGAUGGGUGCUGUGUCCGAUCUCUGCGAGGCGCUCUCCAGGCUGUCUGGCAUCGCUGUAGAAAAUAUGGUGGUCGCCGAUGUGUAUAACCAUCGAUUUCACAAAAUUUUCCAAAUGGAUGAAGGUUUAAACCACAUCUUGCCUCGGGAUGACAUCUUUGUGUACGAAGUCUACAGCACCUCCACUGAUGGCACCGAGUAUGUGACGCUUCCAGUCUAUUUCAGGGAAAGAAAGUCAAACCCUCCGAGCACCUCUUCUGGAGUGGUACUUUAUGGACAGCCAGUGAUGGUUUCUGUCCCCAAGCAUAAGCUAACCCUCGAGGCUUUGUACCAGGCUGUCUGUGAGCGUAUCAGCCGCUAUAUAAAACAACCUUUGCCUGAUGAAUCUGGCAGCUCGCCCUUGGAGCCCGGGUCCUGCAAUGGCUCCAGGGGCAGCUGUGAAGGAGAAGAUGAAGAAAUGGAGCAUCAGGAAGAAGGUAAAGAGCAGCUCUCAGAAACCGAAGGAAGUGGCGAGGAGGAACUGGGAAACAACCACAGUGAGACCACCCAGAAGAGCCGAGGCCAGCGCUGUCCUAGGAGGCUUUUUACCUUCAGCCUGGUCAACUCCUAUGGAACAGCCGACAUUAAUUCACUGGCCACAGAUGGAAAACUACUUAAACUCAACUCUCGAUCCACGUUGGCCAUUGAUUGGGAUAGUGAGACCCGGAGCUUGUACUAUGAUGAACAGGAGUCUGAGGCCUAUGAGAAGCACGUGAGCAUGUUGCAGUCGCAGAAGAAGAAGAAGACAGCAGUGGCCCUCAGAGAGUGCAUCGAGCUCUUCACCACUAUGGAGACCCUUGGGGAACACGACCCCUGGUACUGUCCCAACUGUAAGAAACAUCAGCAGGCCACAAAAAAGUUUGACCUGUGGUCUUUGCCCAAGAUACUGGUGGUCCACCUGAAACGUUUCUCCUACAACAGAUACUGGAGAGACAAGCUUGACACUGUUGUGGAAUUCCCAAUCAGAGGUCUGAACAUGUCCGAGUUCGUCUGUGACCGGUCAGCAAGGCCAUAUGUGUAUGAUCUCGUUGCUGUAUCCAAUCAUUAUGGAGCCAUGGGGGUUGGCCACUACACUGCUUAUGCGAAGAACAAACUGAAUGGGAAAUGGUACUAUUUUGAUGACAACAACGUGUCCUUGGCCUCUGAGGAUCAGAUAGUGACAAAAGCUGCUUACGUGCUGUUUUACCAGCGUCGAGAUGAUGAAUUUUAUAAGACACCUUCACACAUGAAUUUUCCUGGAUCUUCGGAUGGAGGAAUGAGGCCCAGUAGCUCACAGCAGGGCUUUGGGGAGGACGAGGCGUGCAGCAUGGAUACCAACUGAUGCGGCCACCCCGCUCACCUGUGUCAUCCCCAGGGAACACCUGUGACACUCUGAAGACUGUAGUAUUCGGUCUAAAAACCAGAUGAGAAAAUUCCCUUUUAUGAGUGGAAGAAAAAAAAUGCCCUGUUUGCUCAGAAGGUUUUCUUUUUCUUAAAUAGGUGGUGAGAAAUUUCUUUAAGGCCUAUUGAGCUGCAGAAGGGGGUUGGGAGUGGGAAUGUACGAUGCAGCAAUGACUGAUGAAUUCCAGAGAACGGAGAGAGACACUGUAGUGGAGAACGGGACAGCCAAAAACACACCUGUGCUGGCCGUGCUGCCUUCCUGGAUUUCUCAUUCUGGUGCUGACUACUGGUCACCCCAGUAAUCUGCCCACAUAAACCAAGCUUCAAGUAAACUACAUGUCCCCCUUUCC